AUGAAUACAAUUCUAGCUCCAGGGGGACCGUGGUCCUGGCUGAGGGCACUGCUCAGGCAAAGGUGUGAGCCCACAUCCCUGCCCCCUGGGCCACCUGCAGGACGCUGGCCCCUGCCCCUCAGCAGACGCCGGAGAGAGAUAAGUAGCAACAAAGAGCAGCCAUCAGCAGUGUUCGUGAUCCUCUUUGCUCUCACCACCAUCCUCAUCUUCUACAGUUCCAACAGUGCCAAUGAGGUCUUCCAUUAUGGCUCCCUGCAGGGCCGUAGUCACCGGCCUAUCAACCUGAAGAAGUGGAACAUCGCCAAUGGCUAUGUCCCCAUUCUUGGCAACAAGGGAAAAGUCCCAUUUGUGGUUGAGCACUGGCUGGUUCACCACGGUGAUCGUGGUGGAGUUGUCCAGCGGUCCCGCCUGCGGCGCAUGCCCUACCACUACUAUGAGCCCAAGGGGCCGGACGAGUGUGUCACCUACGUCCAGAAUGAGCACAGCUGCAAGGGCAACCACCACCGCUUCAUCACAGAGAAGAGGGUCUUCUCAUCCUGGGUCCAGCUGUACGGGAUCACCUUCUCCCAUCCCUCCUGGACCUAG